CACUGGGCCGCCCAGAAGAACCAUUAUCGGAUAUGUCAGUACCUCCUGUACAAGGGGGCGGACCCGAAUGCCCCUGACAAUAGAGGGAGAACCCCAGUCGAAGUGGCUAGGAAUGUUGGUAACAGGAAGAUAGUACAAUUAUUCGAUCGUCACAGAGAAGCCCACGCGUUAGACGAGAGCAAUGAAGAAAGUGUUUAUAGAGAUGUUCCUGAGCAAUUCGCAGAGGCGUUGAGAGCAGUAGAUGCCCAUGGAUGGCAAGCCUUGAGGUGGGCUGAUGGUUGGACGGCACUACACUGGGCGGCUCAGGAGGGCCGCGCCGACAUA